CAGUCAUAAGAUGCCAAUAUCAUAUCCGGCUGUUAAAUCUCCACCCUUCCUUCCUUAUCACACUUUCUCCUAUCCCUCGCACCUCUAUCCCUCCUCCUCCUCCGCUCUCCAUUCUCCACCCUUUCCAUUCCUCAUUUCCUCUGUUCUCCUCUGUUUCUCUCCUCUCUGCAACAUCGCUUCUCCUCAUCUCAAGGGCUGACGAGCUUCAACGGCAUCAAUGGCGCCCAAGGGCGGUCGCGGUAAAUCGAAAGCCGAGAAGAAGAAGAAAGAAGAAAAAGUUCUUCCGGUAGCUCUGGACAUCACAGUGAACCUCCCCGACGACUCUCACGUUAUUCUGAAGGUUCGAGGGCCAGGAUUGAAGGAUUCGGUUGACGUGGCUGGGCUUAAACCCUGCGUUCUCACCAUCGUCGAAGAGGACUACGACGAAGAAGGAGCCAUCGCCCACGUGAGGCGUCUACUGGACAUUGUUGCUUGCGUCUCCUUCUUCGGCGCCGCACCUGCUCAGAAGGAUGCUUCGCCGCCGGCGAUCGGCAUUGCGGCGUCCAAAGAAGGGAAGAGGGAAGGCUCCGGCGGCGGUGACGGAGGAGGUGGUGAAAGCAAGGGGAGUAAGCAGAAUCCGUCAAGGAAGGACGCGUCGGCGGAGGUGGAGGCGGAGAUAAGCGGUGCUGCCCCGCGGCUCGGUGCCUUCUACGAGUUCUUCUCCCUCGCGCAUCUAGUACCGCCUCUUCAAUUUAUGAGGAGGACGACGAGAAUACGGCAGGAUGAUCAACAGAUUGAGAAGGAUCAUCUGUUUUUCCUCGAAAUUAAGCUUUGCAAUGGGAAGCUGGUUUUGGUGGAAGCAUGCGCGAGGGGGUUUUACAGCGUUGGGAAGCUGCGAAUUCUCUUCCAUGACCUUGUCGAUCUUCUAAGACAGAUCAGUAGGCCUUUUGACAAGGCUUAUGAAGAUCUGAUGAGCGCAUUGUUGGAGAGAAAUAAGUUUGGUAAUCUUCCCUAUGGAUAUCGUGCUAAUACAUGGCUCAUUCCACCGUUAGCUGCACAAUCACCCGCUACAUUUCCUCCCCUCCCUGCAGAGGAUGAAACAUGGGGGGGUAAUGGUGGUGGAUGGGCAAGAGAUGGCAAAAGUGAUUUAGUUCCUUGGGCUAGUAAGUUUCGGUUCAUUACAGCUAUGCCUUGCAAAACAGCAGAGGAAAGACAGAUCAGGGAUAGGAAUGCUUUUCUGAUUCACAGCGUAUUUGUGGAUGCUGCUAUCUUUAGAGCGAUUGCCGCAAUUAAGCAUGUUAUUGAAGUGAAGCGUUUGAUGCCAUCACUUGAGACGAAAGAAAUUUUACACCUUGAGACAGUGGGAGAUCUUAGCAUCACGGUUUUCAGGGAUGCUUCAGAUGCAACCCAAAAAGUGGACACAAAGAUUGAUGGGGCCAGAACAACAAGAAUGGACUGUAAAAAUCUGGCAGAGAGAAACUUAUUAAAAGGAAUCACUGCAGAUGAAAACACAGCAGCCCAUGAUGUGUGCACUUUAGGCAUUGUCAACAUAAGAUACUGUGGUUACGUUGCAGUUGUUAAAGUUAACUACGAAGAGACAUGUGUGGCAGCAGGCCCCCCAUUACAGAUUUUUGAUAUAGAUGAUCAACCUGAAGGAUCUAAUGCUUUGAACAUUAACAGUUUGAGGAUGCUUCUUCACAAAGUCCCUGCAUCUGAACAGAAGAGAAUAUCCAAUCAUUCGAAGCAGUCCAGAGCUGAAGAACAAUCUGCUGCUCAAGCUUUCAUUGAGAAAGUCCUCAUUCAGAGUUUAACAAAGCUUGAAGAUGAGGAAACUGAUAAUAGUAUAUUCUUUAGAUGGGAACUUGGGGCAUGUUGGGUACAACAUUUACAGGACAUAAAAAAUGCGGAGAAAGAUAAGAAACAAGCUGGUGAUAAGGGCAGGAAGCAUGCUGUUGAAAAAGCAAGACAUGAGACCAAGGUUGAAGGGCUCGGAAAACCACUUAAGCUUCUUAAGAAUUCCAAGAAGAAACGAGAUGUGAACGAGGAAAACUGCAAAUCUUUUGAUAGAAAAUCUUUAGAGAUUGAAGUUACGAGUGAGGUCCAAAAUUCCAAGUGCGUUGAUGCUCAAUCAGAAUCAGCUGAGAGUCAUUUCACACUCAAAGAUCUGCUGCCUGAUUCAGCAUUUAUGAGAUUAAAAGAAUCUGACACAGGACUUCAUCUUAAGUCUCCACAGGAAUUAACUGAUAUGGCUCGGAAAUUUUACGAUGAAGUUGCUCUCUCCAAGCUGGUCGCAGAUUUUGGUUCAUUGGAGCUUUCACCUGUUGAUGGUCGGACACUGACUGAUUUCAUGCACACUAGAGGCCUGAGGAUGCGAUCUUUAGGUCAAAUUGUAAAGCUGUCAGAGAAGCUGUCACAUGUGCAAUCCCUUUGUAUUCACGAGAUGAUUGUAAGAGCUUUCAAGCACAUUUUGCGAGCUGUAAUUGCUGCUGCUUAUGAUAUUGGGGACUUGGCUUUGUUGAUAGCUGAAACUCUUAACUUGCUUCUUGGCAUUCCUCAAACUGGAGAUAUGGCUGAUGCUCCUAGAGUCCAUACUAUUGUCUUGAAAUGGUUAGAAGUGUUCUUGAAGAAAAGGUAUGGAUGGGAACUUAGGGCAGAAAAUUAUCAUGAUGUGAGGAAGUAUGCUAUUUUAAGGGGACUAUGUCAUAAGGUGGGCAUUGAAGUUGCACCUCGAGACUUCGACAUCAAUUGCUUUCUGCCCUUUCACAAACUAGAUAUAGUUAGCUUGGUGCCUGUUCAUAAGCAAGUUGCAUGCUCAUCGGCAGAUGGGCGCCAGCUAUUGGAAUCAUCAAAAACAGCCCUUGAUAAGGGCAAACUUGAAGAUGCUGUCAGCUAUGGAACAAAGGCUUUGGCAAAGUUGAUAGCAGUAUGCGGUCCAUAUCAUCGGAUGACAGCUGGAGCCUACAGCCUUCUUGCUGUUGUUCUCUACCACACCGGUGAUUUCAAUCAGGCCACAAUUUAUCAACAAAAGGCAUUGGAUAUUAACGAGAGAGAGCUAGGACUGGAUCACCCUGAUACUAUGAAGAGUUAUGGUGACUUGGCUGUUUUCUAUUACAGGCUUCAGCAUACAGAACUUGCUCUGAAGUAUGUGAAGCGUGCGUUGUAUCUUCUUCAUCUCACUUGUGGCUCUUCCCACCCAAACACAGCUGCUACUUAUAUCAAUGUUGCAAUGAUGGAGGAAGGCCUAGGAAAUGUACAUGUUGCACUUCGGUAUCUCCAUAAAGCUUUAAAAUGCAACCAGAGGUUACUUGGUCCUGAUCACAUUCAGACAGCGGCAAGUUACCAUGCUAUAGCCAUUGCACUCUCCCUAAUGGAAGCAUAUCAACUGAGUGUUCAGCAUGAACAAACAACAUUGCAAAUUCUUCGAGCAAAGCUUGGACCUGAUGACUUAAGAACUCAGGAUACUGCUGCCUGGCUUGAGUAUUUUGAAUCCAAGGCUUUUGAGCAACAAGAAGCUGCACGCAAUGGCACCAAGAAACCCGAUGCAUCUAUUGCCAGUAAAGGCCACCUAAGUGUGUCUGACCUUCUUGAUUAUAUAAAUCCCAGUCAAGAAAUCAGGGGAAGGGAUGCUGAAUCUAUAAGGAAGAAAAGCUUAAGUUGGAAGGUGAAAAACCGUUCCUGCCAGAACUUGAAUUUACCAGAUUUGGAUGGAUAUUGUAUGUCUUCUGACUCAUCAAAUAAAGAUCAAGAUCUAGUAAACGAAAUCGCAGAUAGAGAGGCUGAGAAAAAUGUUCCUUCUAUAUGCUCUGAGCAUGAACAUGAAGCGUCAGUGUUGGAAGAGGACAUUACAGCUUUCCAGCAGUCUAAUGUUGCUGUUGAGGAACAGCCUGCCCCUGCUGAUAAAAUUCAAACUGAAGAAAGUAUGGAAGUUGAAGAGGGUUGGCAACCUGUUCAAUGGCAAAGGUCAAUAGGAUCAGGCAGACAGAGACUCAAACAGCGUGCUCCAGUUAGUGGGAUACCAAAUAACUAUAAAAAAGCUGUUCCGUUCGAAACUGCUCAUACCAAACCAAGAUAUUCGCAUUCUGGUAGCCGCUAUUAUGUAUUAAAGAAGAGAACUUUAGUCAGUGGAAGUUGCACUGAUUAUUACCACUCAAAGAGUCAGUCACCGGGUAAUAGAUUUGGCCGUAAAUUGUACAAGGCUGUAGCAUAUAGAAUAAAGUCAACGUCAUCUAGCAUCUCCGAAACAACGAAUAGUGCUAAAAUUCUCAAUGAGAAAACAAACUCACUGUUGGACGAUGAAAACAAUAUGGUAUCUGUUGAUAUGAAUGGUCAGAGGAAUCUGAUUGGUGAGGUUUCAGAGUCACAGAAUGAUGGGAUGAUUAGUCUUGGAACCUCUCCAUCUUAUAAGGAUGUGGCUUUGGCACCCCCAGGGACAAUUGCUAAAAUUCAAAUCAGGAAAUACCAUAACCAGAAGUCACCAACAAGAGAAAAUGAACCAGAGGUAAACAAGCUUUUACCAACAGAGAGUCCUGUUGAAGAGUCCCGUUUGCUGGUUGAGUUGACAAACAUAAGCCAAGAGAAAGAACUACUGCGCAAGUCCGUGCUUGGUAGUACUCCAAUUGACUCAAAGAGCCUCACUGAAGAGAAAGAGGAUAGUACAAAAGGUCAGUUGCUUACCUUAGAGAAUGAGAUGGAAGUUACAAAUAUAGAAGAAAAAUCCAUGAACAAUGGAGACAGAGAAAGCAAAUCUGCAAUGUCUGCAGAUGAAGAAGUGGCUUCAUCUGGGAUCAUGUUCACUGAGGUUGUUCCUGAAUCUGUUAUUUCUAGUGAGGAAGCUCCGGAGCUGAUAUGCAGGAGUGUUCACAACAUUAGUAACGCAUCUUCAGAUGUUGAUAACUGUGAAUUAUCUGAGGUCUCAGUUUCCGAUGAGGCGACAGAAAAAUGUCCCAUGGAUGUGCUAUCUAAUAGCAUUGAGCCAAAUACGAGCCUGGUUACUAAUUGUCAUGAGGAUUUUUCAAAUGUCAGUUCUUCUAGUAAAGCUGAUAGUCAUGAUGACAAGGAAAGGUUUUCAUUGAAUAUAGGUGAUGCAAGAGACUUGCCUAACAAGAAAAUGUCUGCCUUGUCUGCCUCUGCGGAACCCUUCAAUCCAUCUCCCACAAUUGUAAUUAAUCCUGUUCCUAUGAAUGUUAGCCUCUCCUCCAGUACCAUGGCAGCUGUAAAACCAUGGUCAUUGAAUUCCACCCUUCAUCCAGGGCCACCCCCAAUAAUGGCCACAACACCUGCUAUCUGUGGUUCUCAUCACCCUUAUUAUCAUCCAGCUCUUCGUUCCCCUGGUAUCAUAGCUCCUUUAUCAUUUAUGCAUCCUCCAUUUAGUCCACCAUAUAGUCCGUCAUAUGGUCGGCCUCCUGUACCUAGCAGCACAUUUGGUAUGAACAAUAAUGUGCAUCAUCCAAACCAUUUUCCUUGGCACUGUAAUAUGAAUCCAAGUGCAUCUGAGUUCAUGCCAGGAACGCUGUUACCUGGCUGUCAUCCUGUGGAUUUCCCUGUCACAUCUACUGUCAUCAAUCCUAUUUUUGAAGCCACAUUAGAAAUAAUUGAUCAGCCUGAUAAUGCUAAUUUUCAGAAUUCAUCACCUCUAGUGGACAGCAAUGUUGGAGAGACAAACCAGAUAGAACUAGCUGAUGAAACAACAGGUCCACUGAGUGACAUUGUGGUCCCACAGGAUUUAGCAGCAGUGAAACAAGAAUCUGUGGAAUCUCAUGGACCUUCUGACACUAUAACAGAGCCAAAGCCUAAGGAAUCUUUGAAAGAACAUACUGAUUCUAUCUGUGAGAAACAUUGUAAUAAAAAAUAUGAGCGUGAUGGUAGCUUUAGCAUAUUUAUUAAAGGAAGAAAUCGUAGAAAGCAAUCUCUGAGAUUGCCUAUUAGUUUGCUUAAUAAGCCAUAUAGUUCACGGUCAUUUAAGUGUAUUUAUAACCGAGUAGUUAGAGGAAGUUAUGCGGCUAGACCGUCUGGGGUAUCUCCUAGUGAGGUUCGUAGGCCUGGCAUCUCAUGAGCCAUGUUACUGUCUACAGAAGAAGGAUAUGUGGAAAAUAUUAUUCUCAUUUGGCAGUUGGCAGCUGGCAGCUGGCAGCUUUACAAUUGACGCUUAUUUUUAAUUUCCUCUGUACUUCUGUUUCUUCCCAGCAUAUUUUUACAAAUUUGGACGUGAGAUCUGAAUGAGCUUCCGGGAAAGAGCACAGGUGUACUUUACUAAUUUGGUCUAUGCAAAGUUGUUUUUUGCUGGGACAGAACUCGCCUUAAUAUUUAAUCAGGUUAAAGUCCUACUCUGCGGAGGUGUAGAGAGGUUGACUGU